CAGCAGCAACACAGCACAUAUCCGGCGCCGGCACCUGGGCAAAGCUACCGACAUCGCCAGUAUACGCAGCUAGACCCCGGUCGGCCUGCCUCGCAGCACUCGCUGGAACCGUCAUCACCUGCUCCACCGGGAUAUUCGUACUCAGACCGCAGAUACAAGGACCCGGGUGCCCCUGUGACGCCCAUAAUGACCGCACCAUCGGACCGUCCCACGGGGAUGCGGCCGCCCCAACCAGAUCAAACAGGCCAGACCCAGGGCAGCCAUUCGCUGUAUCUUCAAGGACAUCAUCCAGAUACCGGAUCUAAACCCAAUGCCUCGCAGCAGAGCAUCAAGGACUCGGCCUCCAGCACCCCGCCGCCAGGGAAGGGUCGCGACGACCUCAGUGAGAUUGAUGUACGCGCUUUGGCUCAAAAGCAGGAAGAGCUGCAAUCUAAAUACUCCAAGGUCAAGCGGCUUUACUAUGAAAAAGACGCCCAGGUACAGCACUUGCAGAACACGAUUGCCCACCAGCGCAUGGCCGUCUCACGCACCGUGUUGGAUGACAACGAGUACACGAACCGGUUCAGCCGACUAGAGGGCGCCAUCAAGGAACUGGCGUUCUCCAUCCGCAAGGAAUGGACGGACAUCCCCACGUGGCUGCAGGCGCACGUCAACAGCGACGCCCAGGGCAAGGAGAUGACGGCGGUCGGCCGAGCGGUCAUCAGCCGCUGGCUGGUGGACGAGAUCUUCCAGAGAUAUUUCCACCCGGCGCUGGACCCCACGUUCAGCAUGCAGCUCAAGACGAUCGAGUUGAACCUCCGCCGCCAGCAGGGCAACAAGGCCUACACGGAUGAAGACAAAGAGAACGCUGUUGCGCGCAUCUCCAACUGGCGCUGCACCACGCUCGAUGGCCUGGCAGAAGCGCUGCAGGGUGCCCCCGCCGAGGAGCACCGGGCCCAGCUCAUCCACUAUCUUGCCGAAAAGCUGGUGGCUAGCCUGGCGAUGCACCUGGUGACCCCUCCACCACCGGAACUGGACAACGCCGCGCUGAUGAUCGUGGAGAAUUCGAUGAACAUCGCCGAGAAGAUCCCCCUCGAGUCCCGCGACAUCUGCGUCGAGUACUUCCUGCCCGGGACUCCAGUUUCGGAACGCAGCAUGAAGGUUGAAACGGGCCUGCCGCCGCUGACGACAGCCGUGCAGCCGGCCGACCCUGCCGCGGGGGAUGCCACUCUCCAAGACGACGGUGCUUCUCCGGCCACGGAGCUCGAACGCGGCCGCAACUCGUCGGAGAAUAGCGCCCAGUCCCAGGGCACUACUAGUGCGCCCACUGUUCCCGUCAAGGAGGGCAAGAAGAAGUCAGUGUUUGGCUCGUUGAUCGGGGGUGGGGGGAGCAGCAGUGGAGGCGGGACUGCAACUGCUCGUCCGUCGUCGGCGCUGGCCAAGGACAAGGAGCGCGACGAGGCAGAUUCGGGGACCGAACGGGUCCGGCUGGCGACGUUUGUGCAUGUCGAGGUGCGGGGGAGGGGACCGACAAACGUAUUGGCCAAGACGCCAGUGUAUGUGUAGCUACUAGCUAGUAUAGAGGUACAGCAGGUAUAAUUGAUAUUCAUUAUAUUGA